AUGCUCAAAGCACGACUCGGCCAACCCCACCUAGUACGAGGAUUUGCCUCUCACACCCAAGUGCCAUUGAGCCGCCUUGAAUCACAAACCAUCAAUUUGAGCAAAUUCCCAUCCAGCGUCAAAUCACUCAGGGACCGGCAAGUGAAACGAACCCAUAGACCCCUGACAUACUCAGAAAAGGUCCUGUACAGCCACCUGGAUGACAGUUUUGAUGGGUCCAUCGAACGAGGCGUGUCCCAGCUCAAGUUGCGCCCUUUGCGCAUAGCCUGUCAAGAUGCGACCGCCCAAAUGGCCCUCAUUCAAUUCAUGUCCGCAGGAAUGGAAUCUGCUGCGGUACCCACGACAGUUCAUUGCGACCAUCUGAUUGUCAGCCGAGACGGAGAAAAAGAAGAUCUGGCUCGAGCCUUGAAUUAUCAUCGAGAAGUAUAUGAGUUCAUGGAAAGUGCUUGUCAGAAAUUCAACAUGGGCUUCUGGAAACCGGGUGCAGGAAUUAUUCACCAAAUUGUAUUGGAGAAUUACGCAUUUCCUGGUGGGAUGAUGAUUGGCACGGAUUCCCACACGCCAAACGCGGGUGGAUUAGGCAUGAUUGCUAUUGGCGUGGGAGGUGCCGAUGCAGUUGAUGUGAUGGCUGGUUUACCUCUAGAGCUCAAGGCACCCAAGGUGCUCGGCGUUCGCUUGACUGGUCAGCUUUCUGGGUGGUCUUCGCCCAAGGAUAUCAUCAACGCAGUGGCAGGGUUGACAUCGGUCAAGGGAGGAACCGGCUCAAUUAUAGAAUAUUUUGGCGAUGGUGCGAAGUCUCUUUCCGCUACUGGAAUGGCCACUGUUUGCAAUAUGGGGGCAGAGACGGGGGCUACGACGUCUAUCUUCCCCUAUGCACCACAGAUGGUUGACUAUCUGCGUUCAAAUCAUCGUCAUGAUAUGGCCGCAGCGAUUGAAAGAAUUGCGCCGGAGCUACAAGCGGAUUCAGGGGCGGAGUAUGACAGUGUGAUCGAAAUUAACUUGUCGACCUUGGAGCCGCGUAUAAACGGCCCCUUCACACCUGACCUUUCUACUCCAUUAUCAAAAUUUGGCGAUGCCGUGAAGGAGAAUAAAUGGUCUGAAGAUUUGAGCGCUGGCUUGAUUGGAUCCUGCACAAAUUCAUCUUUUGAAGACAUGGGUCGUGCCGCAAGCCUUGCGCAGCAAGCGUUGGAUGCAGGACUCAAGCCGGUGAUGCCUCUUCUGGUCUCACCGGGUAGUCUCCAAACGCGCGACACGUUGAAUGAUGCCGGAAUUCUACCGGUAUUUGAAAGGUUGGGAGCAGUAAUGCUUCCCAAUGCUUGUGGUCCCUGUUGUGGAUCGUGGGAUCGAGUUGAUAUGCCCAAGGGUACAUCCAACUCAAUCAUCACAUCCUACAAUAGGAACUUCUCUGGCCGCCUAGAUUCCAAUCCCCAAACGAAUAUAUUCCUGGCUUCGCCCGAAAUUGUGAUGGCCAAGGUUUUCUCCGGCAAUCUAGACUUCGACCCGACCGUUGAUGCAUUAAUAACACCAUCUGGGGAGGAAUUUCGGUUUCAAAAUCCUUCAGGCAAAACUCUUCCCCAAAAUGGCUAUUUAGAUUCUGAUACUGCUUACAAAGCCCCUCCCAUUGACAGAAGUGGCGUGGAGGUCAAGAUCCAGGAGUCAUCCCAACGGUUGCAACGACUAGCUCCAUUUGAACCCUGGAAUGGAGGAGACUUCAUUGACUGUCUGAUCCUCAUCAAGACUAAAGGAAAAUGCACCACCGAUCAUAUUACCCCUGCCGGGCCUUGGUUCCGAUACCGCGGACACCUGGAGAACAUUUCAAACAACACUCUGAUUGGGGCUGUUAAUGCUGAGAACGACAAGGUCAAUACUGUGCGUAAUCAGAUCUCUCAGAAGGACGGCGACGUGCCUGGGACAGCAAGAGAUUACAAAGCACAUGGCCAGCCCUGGGUUGUGAUUGCUGACCACAAUUACGGAGAGGGAUCUUCACGAGAACACGCGGCACUGCAGCCCCGAUACCUUGGUGGUAAAGCUAUUAUCGCGAAAUCAUUCGCUCGCAUCCACGAGUCAAACUUGAAAAAGCAGGGCAUGCUUGCUUUGACAUUUACCGAUGAAGCCGACUAUGAACGAAUUCGAGCCUCGGAUCGGAUCAGUCUUAAGGGAUUGAAUUGCCUAGAGCCGGGGAAGCCUCUGAUAAUGUCAGUUAAUGGGGAGUGGGAGGUCAAACUGAACCAUACAUUCACUUUAGAACAGAUCGAGUACUUCAAGGCUGGAAGUGCAUUGAACAUGAUGGCAAAACAGUAA